UUGUUUAGGUGAUGUAGCAUUUUGAAUUAGAAGAGGUAUCCUACAAAGUGUUUGGAGCAGACUUUUCUUUUCUUCCGUUUACUGUUGGAUGUAAAAUAUCUGAUAUCUGGGUUUCGGGAAAUUUCAGUUUUUCCUGUGGAGGUCCAACAGCUUUCAGUGAGUAAAGAAGAAAGAGGUUUUCCCUGAGAAGUAGAAGAGGGGCUCCAUUAUGAACCAGGAGAUUACUGAGUCUCAACACCUUAAAGAGGAACCGGAAGAACUGCGGAUAAGUCAGGAGGGAGAGCAGAAUCACUGGCCAGAGAAUGCGGAUGUGAUCAAGUUCACUUUUGUUCCUGUCCCUGUGAAGAUUGAAGAGGAUGAGGAGAAACCUCAGUCCUCACAGAUUUAUCAGAGACAGUCUGAAGAGGUGGAAACAGGAGCUGAUGGAGAGGAAUGUGGAGCAGGAGCAGGCAGCUACAACGAACAAGAAAGAGAUUCACAACCAGAGAUUGAGGUCAAGAUUGAAGACUCCUCUGAGGCUGAGACUGAUGACAGUGCUGACUGGAUGGAGACAAAAGGCAACCAGUCAGGUUUGAACUCACUGGAAAACAUAGAGAAUGAGAGAAGAGAGGUUGAAAGGAGACCUCAUUCUGGUGAGAAACCAUUUGGCUGCUCUGAGUGUGGUCAAAGAUUUAACCUAAAACAACACCUUUCAUACCAUAUGAGAAUUCAUACAGGAGAGAAACCCUUCAGCUGCUCUGAGUGUGGAAAAAGAUUUAGCCUUGAAGGUAAUUUGACCAAACACAUGAGAAUUCAUACAGGAGAGAAACCCUUUGACUGUUCAGAAUGUGGUAAAAGAUUUAGCCAAAAUGGAAACCUGGCCAGACACAUGUUAGUUCAUGCCAGACAGGAACUCUCCAGCUCCACUGAGUAUAGUAAAGAAUUUAACCUGAAAGAUGAUGUGAUGAAACAAUGUACUGACACUGCAGAGAAACCCUUCAGCUGCCCUCAGUGCAGUAAAAGUUUUGACAAAAAAUCGUGUCUGUCUACACACAUGCUCCUUCACACGAAACAGAAGCUCUUUAGCUGCUUGGAGUGUGGUAAAAAAUUUACCCAAAAAGUUGAUAUGACCAGACAUACGCUGAUUCACAGCAGACAAAAACCCUUUAGAUGCUCUGAGUGUGGCAAAAGAUUUAACCAAAAAAGUUCUCUUACCAGACAUAUGUUACUUCACACUCGGCAGAAGAAAGAAACUCUUUAGCUGCUUCUACCCUGUUUAAGGAUCCUCUGAAAGCUCUUGUUUGGCACUUGACAUAUCUUCACAACCAGCUUCCACGUCUUUGACCAAACAUUUCCUUGGCUGUAUCAGCUGUUGAUUCACUAAAGCAAUUGACAGUCACGCUUUGGAGGCUCUGCAAAACCAGACUAAGGAGGAGAUGGAGUCAGAAAGAGGAGUUGACGGGGACUGUGGCAGAUCCGAGCCAGCCAGCAAAUUAGAUCCAUAGAGACAUUUACAACCAGAGACUGAGGCCAAGACUGGUGAUUAUUAUGACCCUGAGAUUAAAGACUGUGAUGAUGAUUGUUAUGAGGUCAGAAAGCCCUGGUAAUAUUUAAACUCUGAAAUACGAAUAUUCCUUGGUGAUAUGAGAUGUACUCAUACUUUUGAGAAACCAUUCUUAGUCUCACAGAGAGAAACCAUAUUCAUGAUAGAAUACUUCAAUAUUUAAACCCUUACAAGAAAAAACUGUGAUGCUCAAACUUUAAUAAGAGACCACCUCUCCACAAGAACUCUCUUUUGCCCUGACAUCAACAGACAUGCAUCACCACCCCUUUGCACUUUUUUAUUUGUUUUUAAGAAAUAAUGAUGUCACUUUUUACUCACUGAGAGACUAUUGGAUUAAUUUUGAUGACAUUGUUCUGACCCUAAUGGUUGUAAAUACCUGAGUCUCUAUGCUUUUGGUUUAAGACAAACUUCAGAAACUCCAGAAAAAUAGAACUGUACAUAAUGGACAUAUUUUCUAUAGAAUCACUGAUGAAUAAGCCAUUGCUAACAAAGCUGAUAGCAAUGGCUUCCAUCAGUGGAACAUGAGCUUGGAUGUAGCUAUCAUGAAGUAGCAGUUUUAUGAGAACUGGACCGCAUAUGUUUAUUAAUUAGAGAGCAAAGAACAACACUGAAAUAUUUUCAUGAUGGAAAAUACAUUUUCGCUCUUGUGCCGACCUCCCUUGGCAUGAGUUUGGGAUCAUUACAGGGGUAGGUGGCUGUUGUACUGCAAGUCAGUAUGCUGGAGUGGUUAGCUUAGGUUUAGCUAGAGUAUAAUGGCAGUUUUAUCAGAAAUGGGCCAUGUUUUCUUUUUUUAGAAUAAAAGCACCAAAGCUUCUUGUGAUGGGAAAGAUGUUUUUCUUCUGCCAGCCUGCCUUGGCAUGGGUUUGCGCUCAUUACAGAUUGGUUGAGUUGUACUGUUAGCCAGUGAAAACAAUAAGUUUUGUCCACUCUAUUAUCCACUGUUCAUAUACUACUGUAGCAUUUUUACCUGUCCGUUUGUUGUAGAGCUAAGCAUGUGUACAACCUCAUUUUGCCUCAUCGUCUGAUUGGCCCAUAAUGAAUGUGACAGACAGAACAUUUGUGCAUUCACCUUUCGAGAAUUUUUUAAAGUUCUGCCCUUCCCAAAUGCUUUCUGUGGAAGCUGUACCAGAUGAAUGUUAAAAAAAUCCAUGCCAUGGAUAAAUGAAACAGUCUAUCUGGUAUGUCAGGUUACUUAAUGUCAUCAAUAGGUUUGAAGUAUUUUUAAAUACCAAGUAGUAACUGUAGUGGUUUUAGUUUUAAUACUUAACUGAAACAUAGCAUUUCUGUUCUGUAGAGUUGUGAUGCCAUAUAUUAACAUUAAAUGUUGUGUGUGCUAUCAGAUAACUUUCUUUUUCCUUUGAAGAUAUUCAUGUUCACUUUACUUUAAUUCUUAUUUCAUUUAUAUCUUCCACUCAGCAUCUGGUGUCAGCCUGCAGAGCAGUUUAUAUCUUUGAAAGACAUGAGUUAGACACCUGUCUUACUUUUCCUCAGCAUGCUAAGUCGAUCCACGAAAAAUGCACAACAGCACCUCCACCUGCUGAGGAAACUAAGGCCUUUAAACGUCAGCAAACGCAUCUCAGCUUUUGUUUGCCAUUCACAAACUGAAUCAACAAGAAAAGGUCCCCCAACCCAGAAAAUAUAUACCCAGGACUCCUCCAUUCUUUCUACAAUCACCACCCUGAACAAUAUAAAAUAGACACUAUGCAACACAUAUUUUAAUUAUUUUUUGCCUUUAACA